AUGUAGGUCAAAUACUAUUUUACUUUGAAAGUAAUAGCCGGAUAUGUACCGUUUAUAAGCUGUCCUGUGUGACAGUGGUACAUUGACCCAGUUUCAGUAAACAUCAGUCUUGGGUUGGUUUGAAUUAGAGGCGCGUGGAUGAGGCGCGUGGAUGAGCUGCGUGGACAGAGUCUCGUGUCCAGGACGCGCGUCGUUGCGCACUACAAUGAUGCUGGACAUGGACAAGUUUUCAUCCACGCAAUGAAUCCGACCAACGAAACCAGAGCGGACAGAAGUACAACAGAACAUUACAUCUUUGCAGUUGGCACUUACAAACUUCUGGCUUUCACCAUCGGAACCAUUGGAGUAUUCGGCUUCUGCAACAACGUGGUUGUCAUCAUCCUCUACUGCAGAUUCAAGAGACUCAGGACGCCCAGCAAUCUGCUACUAGUAAACAUAAGUUUGAGUGAUCUGCUGGUUUCUGUCGUGGGAAUAAACUUUACGUUUGCUUCGUGCGUCAAAGGUGGGUGGAUUUGGAGCCAGGCGACAUGCGUCUGGGACGGAUUCAGCAACAGCUUAUUCGGCAUCGUCUCCAUCAUGACUCUAGCAGCCCUGGCCUACGAGCGCUACAUCCGAGUGGUGCACGCCCAGGUGGUGGACUUCCCCUGGGCGUGGCGGGCCAUAGGCCACAUUUGGCUGUACUCGCUGGCCUGGACGGGCGCUCCUCUGCUGGGGUGGAACCGCUACACGCUGGAGAUCCACAAGCUGGGCUGCUCCCUGGACUGGGCGUCUAAGGACCCCAAUGAUGCCUCCUUCAUCCUCCUCUUCCUCCUGGCCUGCUUCUUUGUGCCUGUGGGCAUCAUGAUCUACUGCUACGGGAACAUCCUCUACACAGUGCAAAUGCUGCGCUCCAUCCAGGACCUCCAGACGGUUCAGAUCAUCAAGAUCUUGCGGUACGAGAAGAAGGUGGCCGUCAUGUUUUUCCUGAUGAUCUUCUGCUUCCUGAUGUGUUGGACGCCCUACGCUGUCGUGUCCAUGAUGGAGGCCUUCGGCAGGAAGAGCAUGGUCUCCCCCACGAUGGCCAUCAUCCCCUCGUUCUUUGCCAAGUCCAGCACAGCCUACAACCCCCUCAUCUACGUGUUCAUGAGCAGAAAGUUCCGGCGCUGUUUGCUGCAGCUGCUCUGCUCGCGGCUCUCCUGGCUGCAGCGUAGCUUCAAAGAGCGCCCCCUGGCUCCGGUCCAGCGCCCCAUCCGACCGAUCGUCAUGUCCGGAACGUCCUGCGGCAGAGGGGCCCGACCAAAGAAGAGGGUGACUUUCAGCAACUCCUCCAUCGUCUUCAUCAUCACCAGCAACAACGACUUCCACCACCUGGACGCGACCUCAAAGGCUCGAGAUUCCUCGGAGGUUAACGUCAUUCAAGUGAGACCAUUGUGAUCCGCAAAGGACUGGACUUACUCAGCCGACCACUCAGUAUGCCUUAUAGGACCUAACAUGCAAAUCCAAGCCAAAAUAACCCUGUCUGACCUCCCUGGACAUUUCUGUGUCUACACACUUGUUACAACUAAUUGUAAAUAUCCAACUGUCAGCCCAAGAUCUCAGCUAAACCUAUUUCCUGACAGUGUUUUGUCUAAGCAGGUAGUAUGAAAGUGUGACAUCGUCAUCUACCAUCAGCUGUGGUGAUAUAAGUACAUCAUGACGUAGUUAACAACUUUUAGAAAAAGAAUCACACUUAUUUGUCAAAUAUGCCACACAGACAGUCCAUGUGACAGAGUGUUUAGAGGCCAGCGGUGUCAUGGACCUGAGUAUGGAUCAACAUGUGAUAGCAGAUUGUUUUUAGUUGGUACCCAACUGCAAGUGUGAAAAGUGGAAAAUAAGCCUUAGCUCCUUAGCCAUAAACCAUAAUGCACAAACUGACAUUGUUGUGUAUGGAUUCAAUAAAGAGAUCCUAUUUUAAACUACCUA